CGUCAGUGCGCAGGCGCCACUCUGCCCUGCCUCUUGCGUCUCUGGGAACUUGGGGUCCUGAGUCACGCUGAUUGGAACAGGAAAAUAGAAAGGUGGUCCGGUUGGUCCGUGUGCUCGCUUGGGUAACUGUGGUUCCUGACAACCGCGUCGCCUGAGUUUCUGACCUUGAGCGCUGAUCGCACGCUGCACAGGGCAGGAGCAAUGGUGCUCCAUCAGAUGCUGAGAUGGUCUGUUUGGAUCUUCCGGGCCUCUCCAGGGUGGUGGAGGACAACUUACACCUUUGGGGCCUCGGUGGGACAGCAGAGGUGGCCGAGUUUUGCCUGGGUAAUGUCCAGCCCUCUGGCCUUCAGAAGCAGCUACUCCACGGUCCCCCACAUCCCCAGCGUGAUGCUUACCUCCGAACGAUACUCUGUGCAACGACUGCCCUUCUCCAUGGUAUCUGAGGAGGACCUGGCGUCCUUUGAAUGCAUCAUUCCCGGUAGGGUCAUCACAGACCCGGAGGAGCUGGAGGUGGCCAACGUGGACUGGCUGAGGAGUGUCCGGGGAUGUAGCAAGGUACUGCUGAAGCCCCGGACCACGGAGGAGGUGUCCUGCAUCCUCAGGCACUGUCACCAGCGGAACCUGGCUGUGAACCCACAGGGAGGGAACACAGGCCUGGUGGGGGGCAGUGUCCCUGUGUUUGAUGAGAUCAUCCUGUCCACUGCUCUCAUGAAUCAGGUCAUCAGCUUCCAUGAUGUGUCCGGAAUCCUAGUCUGCCAGGCAGGCUGUGUACUGGAGGAGCUGAACCACUACGUGCAGGAUCGGGGCUUCAUCAUGCCACUGGACUUGGGAGCCAAGGGCAGCUGCCACAUCGGGGGCAACGUGGCGACCAAUGCAGGUGGUGUGCGGUUCCUGCGCUAUGGCUCGCUGCGUGGGACUGUCCUGGGCCUGGAAGUGGUCCUGGCUGACGGCACUGUCUUGGACUGCCUGACUUCCCUGAGGAAGGACAACACAGGCUACGACCUGAAGCAGCUGUUCAUCGGUUCAGAAGGCACCCUGGGGGUUAUCACGGCUGUGUCCAUCUUGUGCCCUCCCAGGCCCAAGGCUGUGAAUGUGGCCUUCCUUGGUUGCCCGGGCUUUGCUGAGGUCUUACAGGUCUUCAGCACCUGCAAAGGGAUGCUAGGUGAGAUCCUGUCUGCAUUUGAAUUCAUGGAUGCCGAGUGCAUGCAGCUGGUCGGACAGCAUCUCCACCUGACCAGGCCAGUGCGAGAGAGUCCAUUCUACGUCCUGGUUGAAACUUCAGGCUCCAGUGCAGACCACGACAUGGAAAAGCUGGAUGGCUUCCUGGAACAGGCACUGGGCUCUGGCUUGGUGACCGAUGGCACCGUGGGCACUGACCAGAGCAAAGUACAGGCACUGUGGGCUCUGAGGGAGAGGAUCACAGAGGCACUGAGCCACGACGGCUACGUGUUCAAGUACGAUGUUUCUAUCCCUGUGGAACGGUUCUACGACCUUGUUACUGACCUGCGCACCCGCCUUGGCCCACGAGUGAAGCAUGUGGUGGGCUAUGGCCACCUGGGGGAUGGCAACCUGCAUCUGAAUGUGACAGCAGAGGCCUUUAGUGCAUCGCUUCUGGCCGCCCUGGAGCCCUACGUGUACACCUGGACAGCCGCACAGCAGGGCAGUGUGAGUGCUGAGCAUGGCCUGGGCUUCAAGAAGAAGGAUGUCUUGGGCUACAGCAAGACACCUGCCGCUGUGCAGCUCAUGUGGCAGCUCAAGGCCCUGCUGGAUCCCCGGGGCCUCCUGAACCCCUACAAAACACUGCCUGCCCAUUUGUGACUGGGCUCUGCCAGCUCUGCGGGGCAAGGACGUGGCUCCUGGGAGGACCUGCGGGUGGCUCUGCUGAUAGAGAUGAACCCAGUACCUCCCGCUGGCUUGUCCUUGGCACUCAAGAGGGUGGCCACUGGCCACUUGAUGUGAUGGGUGCCAAAGGCUGUGAGAAGAGCUGAGGUGCCCCAGAGGCCCUGAACUAGUGACCACAAUGACCUGGAGUGCUGGGAUGGGGCUCCCCAGGUGGGUGGGUGACCAUGGUCACGGCUUCACCCUAGUGACAGGUGUGCACAUCUCCUCUUACUAGGGUGAGAAGCCAUGCCUAGUGUGAUGGCCAUAUCUGGUGGCCUGGUGUCAUUGCCACGGGUUCUUUUAUGAGGGCAUAGACAACCCACCCCUCUUCAGCCAUGGCUUGGAGCCUCAUUGAGGUUCCCAGUUGCCCUGUGGUCCUGCCAUCAGGGAGGUGGCACAUACUCUUACCAUGAAUUUGCAGUAAAGGUGACUCAGGCACAGCUCUCUCCA